AUGACCAUCUACUCCCGCCGGCCGCCCUUUGACCCCCAGACACGGAAUUUUGGAUCAUUGUUUGACUUGGAAAAUGAUCUUCCCGAUGAACUGAUCCCCAACGGAGGAGAAUUAGGCCUUUUAAACAGUGGGAGCCUUGUUCCAGAUGCUGCUUCCAAACACAAACAACUGUCAGAGCUCCUGAGGGGAGGCAGCGGCUCCAGCCUUGCCCCGGGGAUCGGAAGUGUGAGCUCCAGCAGUCCUGUGCAGCAGGGCCUUGGGGGCCAGGCCCAGGGGCCACCUAGCAGCGCGAGCAUGGCCAGCCUGAGUGCCAUGGGCAAGAGCCCUCUCACCCAGGGAGACUCCUCAGCCUCCAGCCUGCCCAAACAGGUGGCCACCAGCUCCGGGCCCACCCCCCCUGCCUCCCAAGCACUGAACCCGCAAGCACAAAAGCAAGUGGGACUGGUGACCAGCAGCCCUGCCACAGCGCAAGCUGGGCCUGGCAUCUGCAUGAAUGCGAACUUCAACCAGACCCACCAGGGCCUCCUCACCACCAACUCGGGCCACAGCCUCAUGAACCCUGCCCAGCCAGGGCAGGCGCAAGUCAUGAAUGGGUCCCUCGGGGCUACGGGCAGAGGACGAGGCGCUGGGAUGCCCUACCCUUCCCCAGCUAUGCAGGGGGCCUCUGGCAGUGUGCUGGCUGAGACGCUAACACAGGUGUCCCCCCAGAUGGCCAGCCACGCAGGACUGAGUACAGCGCAAGCCGGAGGCAUGACCAAGAUGGGAAUGACGAGCAACACAAGUCCCUUUGGACAGCCCUUCAGUCAAGCAGGUGGGCAGCAGAUGGGCGCUGCCGGUGUGAACCCCCAGCUGUCCAGCAAGCAGAGCCUGGUCAACAGCCUGCCUCCUUUCCCCACGGACAUCAAGAAUGCUUCAGUCACCAACGUGCCAAACAUGUCUCAGAUGCAGACAUCAGUGGGAAUCGUACCAACACAAGCGAUCGCCACGGGCCCAACUGCUGACCCAGAGAAGCGCAAACUGAUUCAGCAGCAGCUCGUUCUCCUGCUCCACGCCCACAAGUGUCAGCGGCGAGAGCAAGCCAAUGGUGAGGUCCGGGCCUGCUCCCUGCCUCAUUGCCGGACCAUGAAAAAUGUCUUGAACCACAUGACGCAUUGCCAAGCUGGGAAAGCUUGUCAAGCCAUCCUGGGGUCUCCAGCGAGUGGAAUUCAAAGCCCCAUUGGAUCUGUUGGCACGGGCCAGCCGAAUGCCACAUCUCUAAGCAACCCGAACCCCAUCGACCCCAGCUCCAUGCAGCGGGCUUACGCGGCCCUUGGACUGCCCUACAUGAACCAGCCCCAGACACAGCUGCAGCCUCCGGUGCCCGGCCAGCAGCCAGCACAGCCGCAGACUCACCAGCAAAUGAGGCCUAUCAAUCCUCUGGGAACGAACCCAAUGAACAUUCCAGCAGGAGGAAUAACAACAGAUCAGCAGCCACCAAACUUGAUUUCAGAAUCCGGUCUUCCAACGUCCCUUGGGACCACCAACCCACUGAUGAACGAUGGCUCGAACUCUGGGAACAUGGGGACCCUCAGCACCAUACCCACAGCAGCACCGCCUUCCAGCACCGGCGUCCGGAAAGGCUGGCACGAACACGUCACACAGGACCUGCGCAGCCAUCUCGUGCAUAAACUCGUCCAAGCCAUCUUCCCAACUCCUGACCCAGCAGCACUGAAGGAUCGCCGGAUGGAGAAUCUGGUCGCCUACGCUAAGAAAGUGGAGGGGGACAUGUACGAGUCAGCUAACAGCCGGGACGAGUACUAUCAUUUGUUGGCAGAGAAAAUCUACAAAAUACAGAAAGAACUAGAAGAAAAGCGGAGGUCACGUUUACAUAAGCAAGGCAUCUUGGGUAACCAGCCAGCCCUCCCAGCCCCAGGAGCCCAGCCCCCUGGGAUUCCACCAGGACAGCCUGUGCGGCCUCCAAACGGACCCCUCCCCAUGCCGGUGAACCGCAUGCAGGUUUCUCAGGGGAUGAGCUCGUUUAACCCAAUGAACUUGGGGAACGUGCAGUUGCCACAAGCUGCCAUGGGACCUCGCGCAGCCUCCCCCAUGAACCACUCUGUCCAGAUGAACAGCUUGGCCUCGGUUCCAGGGAUGGCCAUCUCACCUUCCCGAAUGCCCCAGCCCUCGAGCCUGAUGGGUGCACACACCAACAACAUGAUGGCCCAGGCACCCACGCAGAGCCAGUUCCUGCCGCAGAACCAGUUUCCAUCGUCCACCGGGGCCAUGAGUGUGAACAGCGUGGGUCUGGGGCAGCCAGCGGCCCAGCCAGGAGUAACGCAGGGACAGGUGCCCGGGGCUGCUCUUCAGAACCCUUUGACCAUAAUGGGGCCACAGACCAACCAGCUGCCUUGCCCACCAGUAACCCAAUCACCUCUGCACCAGACGCCCCCUCCCGCCUCCACGGCCGCUGGCAUGCCAUCUCUGCAGCACCCGACCCCACCUGGGAUGACCCCUCCCCAGCCAGCAGCCCCCACACAGCCGUCUACCCCUGUGUCGUCAUCAGGACAGACCCCCACCCCCACCCCGGGCUCAGUGCCCAGUGCCACCCAGACCCAGAGCACCCCGACGGUCCAGGCCACGGCUCCUGCCCAGGUGACUCCUCAGCCUCCGACCCCUGUGCAGCCUCCAUCGGUCCCCACCCCGCAGUCAUCUCAGCAGCAGCCAACGUCUGUGCACGCUCAGCCGCCCGGCACGCCGCUUUCCCAGGCAGCAGCUAGCAUCGAUAACAGGGUCCCCACCCCAUCCUCGGUGGCCAGCGCCGAAACCAAUUCCCAACAGCAAGGACCCGACGUGCCCAUGCUCGAUGUGAAGGCUGAGGUCAAGACGGAGGAGUCUGAGCCUGAGCCUCGUGAGCCCAAAGGGGAGGCUCGGUCGGAGAUGAUCGAGGGGGAUUUACAAGGCUCUUCCCAAGUCAAGGAAGAAAGCGACACAGCCGAGCCAAAAGCAGAGCCGAUGGAGGUGGAGGAGAAGAAGCCUGAAGUCAAAGCGGAGGCAAAGGAGGAGGAAGAGAGCGGUGCCCAUGGCACAGCCGCCCAGGCCACGUCUCCUUCGCAGCCACGCAAAAAAAUCUUCAAGCCUGAGGAGCUGCGCCAGGCUCUCAUGCCGACCCUGGAAGCGCUGUACCGACAGGACCCAGAGUCCUUGCCUUUUCGGCAGCCUGUGGAUCCCCAGCUCCUAGGAAUUCCCGAUUAUUUUGACAUUGUGAAGAAUCCCAUGGACCUUUCUACCAUCAAGCGAAAGCUGGACACCGGGCAGUACCAGGAGCCUUGGCAGUAUGUGGACGACGUCUGGCUCAUGUUCAACAACGCCUGGCUCUACAAUCGGAAGACGUCUCGGGUCUAUAAGUUUUGCAGCAAACUUGCUGAGGUCUUUGAACAGGAGAUUGAUCCGGUUAUGCAGAACCUUGGAUACUGCUGUGGACGCAAGUAUGAGUUUUCCCCGCAGACUCUGUGCUGUUACGGGAAGCAGCUGUGCACAAUUCCGAGAGACGCCGCCUACUACAGCUACCAGAACAGGUAUCAUUUCUGUGAGAAGUGUUUCACAGAGAUCCAGGGGGAGAAUGUUACCCUGGGUGACGACCCUUCACAGCCCCAGACGACCAUUUCAAAGGAUCAGUUUGAAAAGAAGAAAAAUGACACCCUAGACCCUGAACCGUUUGUGGAUUGCAAGGAGUGUGGCCGGAAGAUGCAUCAGAUUUGCGUGCUGCACUACGACAUCAUUUGGCCCUCGGGCUUUGUCUGUGACGGCUGCUUGAAGAAAACUGGGAGAACGCGGAAAGAAAACAAGUUCAGCGCCAAGAGGCUGCAGACAACUCGCUUGGGGAACCACCUGGAAGACCGUGUGAACAAGUUCCUGCGGCGGCAGAACCACCCCGAAGCGGGGGAGGUUUUCGUCAGAGUGGUGGCGAGCUCCGACAAGACUGUGGAGGUCAAGCCGGGCAUGAAGUCACGGUUUGUGGACUCUGGGGAGAUGUCUGAGUCUUUCCCGUACCGAACCAAAGCACUCUUUGCCUUUGAGGAGAUUGACGGGGUGGACGUGUGCUUCUUUGGGAUGCAUGUCCAGGAGUACGGCUCCGACUGCCCUCCACCAAACACAAGGCGGGUGUACAUAUCCUACUUGGAUAGUAUCCACUUCUUCCGACCCCGCUGCCUCCGCACCGCCGUCUACCAUGAGAUCCUCAUCGGGUACCUCGAAUACGUGAAGAAGCUGGGGUAUGUGACUGGCCACAUCUGGGCCUGUCCCCCAAGCGAAGGAGAUGACUACAUCUUCCAUUGCCACCCCCCGGAUCAGAAAAUCCCGAAGCCAAAACGCCUGCAGGAAUGGUACAAGAAGAUGCUGGACAAGGCCUUUGCGGAGCGCAUUAUUCACGACUACAAGGACAUUUUCAAACAAGCGACAGAGGACAGGCUCACGAGCGCCAAGGAGCUGCCCUACUUUGAAGGGGACUUCUGGCCCAACGUCUUGGAAGAAAGCAUCAAGGAGCUGGAGCAAGAGGAAGAGGAAAGGAAGAAGGAGGAGAGCACAGCGGCCAGCGAGACCCCUGAGGGCAGCCAGGGCGACAGCAAGAAUGCCAAGAAAAAGAACAACAAGAAGACCAACAAGAAUAAGAGCAGCAUCAGCCGGGCCAACAAGAAGAAGCCCAGUGUCCCCAACGUGUCCAACGACCUGUCCCAGAAGCUCUACGCCACCAUGGAGAAGCACAAGGAGGUCUUCUUUGUGAUUCACCUCCACGCUGGGCCUGUCAUCAACACCCUGCCCCCCAUCGUGGACCCCGACCCCCUGCUCAGUUGCGACCUCAUGGACGGCCGGGAUGCCUUCCUGACGCUGGCCCGGGACAAACACUGGGAGUUUUCCUCGCUACGCCGCUCACAGUGGUCCACUCUGUGCAUGCUGGUGGAACUGCACACCCAGGGCCAGGACCGCUUCGUCUACACCUGCAACGAGUGCAAGCACCACGUGGAGACACGCUGGCAUUGCACCGUCUGCGAGGACUACGACCUGUGCAUCAACUGUUACAACACCAAGAGCCACAACCACAAGAUGGUCAAGUGGGGGCUGGGCCUGGAUGACGAGGGCAGCAGCCAGGGCGAGCCGCAGUCCCGGAGCCCCCAGGAGUCGCGGCGCCUGAGCAUCCAGCGCUGCAUCCAGUCACUGGUGCACGCCUGCCAGUGUCGCAACGCCAACUGCUCUCUGCCGUCCUGCCAGAAGAUGAAGCGGGUGGUGCAGCACACCAAGGGCUGCAAGCGCAAGACCAACGGCGGCUGCCCCGUCUGCAAGCAGCUCAUCGCCCUCUGCUGCUACCACGCCAAACACUGCCAAGAGAACAAAUGCCCUGUGCCCUUCUGCCUCAACAUCAAACACAAGCUCCGCCAGCAGCAGAUCCAGCACCGCCUGCAGCAGGCCCAGCUCAUGCGCCGGCGCAUGGCCACCAUGAACACCCGCAACGUGCCUCAGCAGAGCCUGCCCUCCCCUACCUCAGCGCCACCUGGCACCCCCACACAGCAGCCCAGCACGCCCCAGACGCCACAGCCCUCGCCCGUGAGCAUGUCCCCGGCUGGCUUCCCCAGUGUGGCCCGGACUCAGCCCCCCACCACGGUGUCCACGGGCAAGCCCACCGCCCAGGUGCCGGCCCCACCACCGCCUGCCCAACCCCCACCUGCAGCAGUGGAGGCUGCUCGGCAGAUCGAGCGCGAGGCCCAGCAGCAGCAGCACCUGUACCGUGUCAACAUCAACAACGGCAUGCCCCCAGGCCGCACGGGCUUGGUGACCCCUGUGAACCAGAUGGGCCCUGUGGGCUUGACUGUGCCUCGUCCCAGCCAGGUCAGCGGGCCUGUCCUGCCCACCAUGCCGCCGGGCCAGUGGCAGCAGGGCCCGCUGCCCCCCCAGCAGCCGAUGGCAGGCAUGCCAAGGCCAGUGAUGUCCAUGUCGGCCCAGUCGGCCGUGGCUGUGGCCGGGCCACGGAUGCCCAAUGUGCAGCCGCCGCGGAGCAUCUCACCCAGCGCCCUGCAGGACCUGCUGCGGACCCUGAAGUCACCCAGUUCCCCUCAGCAGCAGCAGCAGGUGCUGAACAUCCUCAAGUCCAACCCGCAGCUUAUGGCCGCCUUCAUCAAGCAGCGCACGGCCAAGUAUGUGGCCAACCAGCCUGGCAUGCAGCCCCAGCCCGGCAUGCAUGCACAGCCUGGCUUGCAGAACCUGAACGCCAUGCAGGCCAGUGUGCCCCGGCCUGGCGUGCCACCACCGCAGCAGGCCAUGGGGGCCCUGAACCCCCAGGGCCAGACGCUGAGCAUCAUGAACCCGGGGCACAACCCCAAUAUGGCGAGCAUGAAUCCGCAGUACAGAGAGAUGCUGAGGAGACAGCUGCUACAGCAGCAGCAGCAACAGCAGCAGCAGCAGCAGCAGGGAGCUGGGGGCAUGGCCGGGCACAGCCAGUUCCAGCAGCCGCAAGGACCUGGCGGCUACCCCCCAGCCAUGCCGCCACAGCGGAUGCCACAGCACCUCCCCAUGCAGGGCAGCUCCAUGGGCCAGAUGGCAGCUCAGCUGGGGCAGCUGGGGCAACCUGGGCUGGGCACCGACAGCACCGCCAGCAUUCAGCAGGCCCUGCAGCAGCGGCUUCUGCAGCAGCAGCAGCUAAAGCAACAGAUGGGCUCCCCGGGCCAACCGAGUCCCAUGAGCCCCCAGCAGCACGCGCUCUCAGGACAGCCACCGGCCUCCCACCUCCCCGGCCAGCAGAUGGCCACAUCCCUCAGUAGCCAGGUGCGCUCUCCGGCCCCCGUCCAAUCGCCACGGCCUCAGUCCCAGCCACCACAUUCCAGCCCGUCCCCACGGAUACAACCCCAGCCUUCGCCUCACCACGUGUCUCCCCAGACUGGCUCCCCCCACCCCGGACUCGCCGUCACCAUGGCCAGCUCCAUGGAUCAGGGGCACAUGGGGAACCCCGAACAGAGUGCAAUGCUCCCCCAGCUGAACACCCCCACCCGGAAGGCACUGUCCAGUGAGCUGUCCCUGGUCGGGGACACCACGGGGGACACACUGGAGAAGUUUGUGGAGGGUUUGUAGCAGCGGGCGGUGGUGCCCAGUCUCCCCUCCUGUUCUCGGCCCUUUUGUACUGACCCAGGCAUCUAGGUGCUUUUCCCCUAGAUGGAACUGCCCCUUCCAGCCCCAGAAACAAUACAAAGAAUAUAUUUUUUUGUUAAAAACCA